UUCCGCCGCCAUUGCGGAUUUGGGACAGCAGAUCAUCCGCCGCCAUCCGUCGAUGCGGUGCGGGAAGCGCACACACGGACGCGGGGACACAACUUGACAACACUUCGCUGGUUCCACUUUUAAUCGGAAACGCGAUCAAAUAAAAAAUAAAAACCGCAUUUUACAUUUGUAAUCGUGGCUUUUUUUCUUCCCCCCCAACCACCAAUUUCCACCGAUUUGGCUCCGACCUUAACGCGCACAGUGAAGGAGGUCGCAGCUAGCGCGGUGCUACUUGCCUAGCUAGCUAGCGAGCUGCACGGCUACGGCUAUCUUUCUUCCAGGGACUCCGGAGAAGCUCAGAGGGGGAAAAACACGCAGCCAUGGCUCAGAUCCUACCCAUCCGCUUCCAGGAGCACCUGCAGCUCCAGAACCUGGGAAUCAACCCGGCCAACAUUGGAUUCAGCACUCUCACCAUGGAGUCGGACAAGUUCAUCUGCAUAAGAGAGAAGGUGGGCGAGCAGGCCCAGGUGGUCAUCAUAGACAUGGCCGACCCCAACAACCCCAUCCGCCGGCCCAUCUCUGCCGACAGCGCCAUCAUGAACCCGGCCAGCAAAGUGAUCGCCCUCAAAGACGCUGCAAAGACGCUGCAGAUCUUCAACAUCGAGAUGAAGAGCAAGAUGAAGGCUCACACCAUGACGGAUGACGUGACCUUCUGGAAGUGGAUCUCGCUCAACACGGUGGCGCUGGUCACGGACAACGCCGUCUACCACUGGAGCAUGGAGGGCGACUCCCAGCCGAUCAAAGUGUUCGACCGACACUCCAGCCUGGCGGGCUGCCAGAUCAUCAACUAUCGCACCGACGCCAAACAGAAGUGGCUGCUGCUCAUCGGCAUUUCGGCACAGCAAAACCGUGUGGUCGGAGCCAUGCAGCUGUACUCGGUGGACAGGAAGGUGUCCCAGCCCAUCGAGGGCCACGCCGCCGGCUUCGCCCAGUUCAAGAUGGAGGGCAACACCGAGGAGUCGACUCUGUUCUGCUUUGCUGUGCGAGGACAGGCGGGAGGAAAACUGCAUAUCAUUGAAGUGGGAACUCCGCCCACUGGGAACCAGCCAUUUCCAAAGAAAGCUGUGGAUGUUUUCUUCCCUCCAGAAGCCCAGAAUGAUUUUCCUGUUGCCAUGCAGAUCAGCUCAAAGCAGGACGUCGUCUUUCUCAUCACCAAGUACGGCUACAUCCACCUGUACGACCUGGAGACCGGCACCUGCAUCUACAUGAACAGGAUCAGCGGGGAGACCAUCUUCGUCACCGCCCCCCACGAGCCAACAGCCGGCAUCAUCGGAGUCAACAGAAAAGGACAGGUGUUGUCGGUGUGCGUGGAGGAGGAGAACAUCAUUCCCUACAUCACCAACGUGCUCCAGAACCCAGACUUGGCUCUGCGCAUGGCCGUCCGCAACAACCUGGCCGGCGCAGAGGAGCUGUUCGCCCGCAAGUUCAACACGCUCUUCGCUGCGGGGAAUUACUCUGAAGCCGCCAAGGUGGCGGCCAACGCUCCCAAGGGUAUCCUGCGGACCCCGGACACCAUCCGUCGGUUCCAGAGCGUUCCGGCUCAGCCGGGCCAGACGUCUCCCCUGCUCCAGUACUUUGGCAUCCUGCUGGACCAGGGCCAGCUCAACAAGUUUGAGUCUCUGGAGCUGUGCAGGCCCGUCCUGCAGCAGGGCCGCAAGCAGCUGCUGGAGAAGUGGCUGAAAGAAGACAAGCUCGAGUGCUCCGAGGAGCUCGGCGACUUGGUGAAGUCCGUCGAUCCCACUCUCGCCCUCAGCGUCUACCUCCGAGCCAACGUCCCCAACAAGGUUAUCCAGUGCUUCGCGGAGACCGGUCAAUUCCAGAAGAUUGUCCUCUACGCCAAGAAGGUGGGCUACACUCCAGACUGGAUCUUCCUGCUCAGGAACGUGAUGCGGAUCAGCCCGGAGCAGGGACUCCAGUUCUCUCAGAUGCUGGUUCAGGACGAAGAGCCACUCGCUGACAUCACACAGAUUGUUGACGUGUUCAUGGAGUACAACCUGAUCCAGCAGUGCACAUCCUUCCUGCUUGACGCCCUGAAGAACAACAGACCCAUGGAGGGGCCACUGCAGACACGCCUGCUGGAAAUGAACCUGGUCCACGCACCACAGGUUGCAGAUGCCAUCCUGGGCAACCAGAUGUUCACCCACUAUGACCGUGCACAUGUGGCCCAGCUGUGUGAGAAGGCCGGUCUCCUGCAGAGGGCGCUGGAACACUACACCGACCUGUACGACAUCAAGCGCGCUGUGGUGCACACGCACCUGCUCAACCCAGAGUGGUUGGUGAACUUCUUUGGCUCCUUGUCGGUGGAGGACUCUCUGGAGUGUCUGAGGGCCAUGCUGUCGGCCAACAUUCGCCAGAACCUACAGAUCUGCGUGCAAGUGGCCUCCAAGUACCACGAGCAGCUCAGCACUCAGUCGCUCACGGAACUCUUUGAGUCGUUCAAAAGUUUUGAGGGUUUGUUCUACUUCCUGGGUUCCAUUGUGAACUUCAGCCAGGAUCCAGAGGUCCACUUCAAAUACAUCCAGGCCGCCUGCAAGACUGGCCAGAUCAAAGAGGUGGAGAGAAUCUGCCGAGAGAGCAACUGUUACGACCCCGAGCGCGUGAAGAACUUCCUCAAGGAAGCCAAGCUGACCGACCAGCUGCCUCUGAUCAUCGUGUGCGAUCGCUUUGACUUUGUCCACGACCUAGUGCUGUACCUGUACCGCAACAGCCUGCAGAAGUACAUCGAGAUAUACGUGCAGAAGGUGAACCCGAGCCGUCUGCCCGUCGUCAUUGGAGGGUUGCUGGAUGUCGACUGUGCCGAGGACGUGAUUAAGAACCUGAUCAUGGUGGUGAGAGGACAGUUCUCCACGGAUGAACUGGUUGCUGAAGUGGAGAAAAGAAAUCGACUGAAGCUGCUGCUGCCGUGGUUGGAGGCUCGCAUUCACGAAGGUUGCGAGGAGCCCGCCACCCACAACGCUCUGGCCAAGAUCUACAUCGACAGCAACAACAACCCGGAGCGCUUCCUGCGGGAGAACCCCUUCUACGACAGCCGCGUGGUGGGGAAGUACUGCGAGAAGAGGGACCCCCACCUGGCCUGCGUGGCCUACGAGCGAGGACAGUGUGACCAGGAGCUGAUCCACGUCUGCAAUGAGAACUCGCUGUUCAAGAGUCUGUCCCGCUACCUUGUUCGCCGCAAGGACCCCGAGUUGUGGGCCAGUGUGCUGCUGGAGACCAACAACUACAGGAGACCCCUCAUCGACCAGGUCGUCCAGACGGCCUUGUCCGAGACCCAGGAUCCAGAGGAGGUGUCCGUCACCGUCAAGGCUUUCAUGACCGCCGACCUUCCCAACGAGCUCAUCGAGCUGCUGGAGAAGAUUGUCCUGGACAACUCUGUCUUCAGCGAGCACAGAAACCUCCAGAACUUGCUCAUCCUGACGGCCAUUAAAGCCGAUCGGACGCGUGUCAUGGAGUACAUCAACCGCCUGGACAACUACGACGCGCCCGACAUCGCCAACAUCGCCAUCAGCAACGAGUUGUUCGAAGAGGCCUUCGCUAUUUUCAGAAAAUUUGACGUGAACACCUCAGCCGUGCAGGUCUUGAUCGAGCACAUCGGGAACCUGGACAGAGCUUACGAGUUCGCCGAGCGCUGCAACGAGCCUCCGGUGUGGAGUCAGCUGGCGAAGGCCCAGCUUCAGAAGGGUCUCGUGAAGGAAGCCAUCGACUCCUACAUCAAGGCCGACGACCCGUCUGCUUACAUGGAAGUGGGACAGGCCGCGGCCCAGAGCGGAAACUGGGAGGACCUGGUGAAGUUUCUGCAGAUGGCCCGUAAGAAGGCCCGCGAGUCGUACGUGGAGACGGAGUUGAUCUUCGCCCUGGCCAAGACCAACCGCCUAGCCGAGCUGGAGGAGUUCAUCAACGGACCCAACAACGCUCACAUCCAGCAAGUGGGUGACCGGUGCUAUGACGACAAGAUGUACGACGCGGCCAAGCUGCUGUACAACAACGUGUCCAACUUCGGCCGCCUUGCCUCCACUCUGGUCCACCUGGGUGAGUACCAGGCCGCUGUGGACGGAGCGCGCAAGGCCAACAGCACCCGCACCUGGAAGGAGGUGUGUUUUGCUUGCGUAGAGGGGAAGGAGUUCCGUCUCGCCCAGAUGUGCGGCCUACACAUCGUCGUCCACGCCGACGAGCUUGAGGAGCUCAUCAACUAUUACCAGGACCGCGGCUACUUUGAGGAGCUGAUCACCAUGCUGGAGGCCGCUCUCGGGCUGGAGCGGGCGCACAUGGGCAUGUUCACCGAGCUGGCCAUCCUCUACUCCAAGUUCAAGCCCCAGAAGAUGAGGGAGCAUCUGGAGCUCUUCUGGUCCCGCGUCAACAUUCCAAAGGUUCUCAGGGCAGCGGAGCAGGCCCACCUCUGGGGGGAGCUGGUGUUCCUCUACGACAAGUACGAGGAGUAUGACAACGCCAUCAUCACCAUGAUGAGCCACCCGGCCAAUGCCUGGAAGGAGGGCCAGUUCAAAGACAUCGUCACCAAGGUGGCCAACGUGGAGCUCUACUACAAAGCCGUCCAGUUUUAUCUGGAGUUCAAACCGUUGUUACUCAACGACCUGCUCAUCGUCCUCUCGCCGAGACUCGACCACACACGCGCCGUCAACUUCUUCAGCAAGGUGAAACAGCUGCCUCUCGUGAAACCGUACCUCAGGUCUGUCCAGAAUCACAACAACAAGUCGGUGAACGAGGCACUGAACAACCUCUUCAUCAUCGAGGAAGACUAUGCGGCGCUGCGUGCUUCCAUUGACGCCUACGACAACUUUGACAACAUCUCACUGGCCCAGGGCCUGGAGAAGCACGAGCUGAUCGAGUUCCGGAGGAUCGCGGCCUACCUCUUCAAGGGCAACAACCGCUGGAAACAGAGCGUGGAGCUCUGCAAGAAGGACAAGCUCUACAAGGACGCCAUGCAGUACGCGUCCGAGUCCAAAGACAUAGAGCUGGCCGAAGAGCUCCUGGCCUGGUUCCUGAUGGAGGACAAGAAGGAGUGUUUUGCCGCCUGCCUGUUCACCUGCUACGACCUGCUGCGGCCCGACGUGGUGCUGGAGACCGCCUGGCGACACAACAUCAUGGACUUCUCCAUGCCGUACUUCAUCCAGGUCAUGAGGGAGUAUCUGUCCAAGGUUGAAGCGAUAAAGGAAAAGGUGGACAAACUUGAAGCCUCCGAGUCCCUGAGGAAACAGGAGGAGCAGGCCACGGAGUCUCAGCCCAUUGUUUACGGCACCCCCCAGCUCAUGCUAACGUCGGGGACCAACGUGGCCGUGCCCCCCCAGCAGCCCUACGGCUACGGCUACACAGCAGCACCCGGCUACACCCAGCCACCGCAGCCCAACUUCGGUUACGGCAUGUGAACACACCACGACUUGACCCGACACCUUCCCUCCAUCUGUCCUUCUCUCUCUGUGUUCCUCACCAGCUUCCCAUGGUCCUCUACUCACAACAGGGGCCACCGAGCAAAGCGACAGCCCACACUCUGGUUUUCGAGUACUAUUUUUUUAUUACGUUGUCCCGUUCCAAGAGAAAACAUUUAAAACUGCAUUGAAGGACUUUUAUUUGUGUUGUUUGAAAGGAAAAAAAAUUGGACCACGUGUUACGUUUUCUUUGUUUUUCACAUUCCAUAUUUAUGACUACUUAUUUACAAUAUUUUUCUGUGUUUACAUUUAUGUAAUUUUUAUUGUUUUCUUUUCAUUGGUUUAUGGUUUUGUGCAGAAGUGGACUUGCUGACGCUCAGCAAAGAACCUUUGAAGUAGGUGGAGGAGCAUUGGAUUUUGCACUCGUGAAAGAAAUUACCGUAGAGAAGCUCUUACUUUUGUCGAUGUACUGAACGUGUGAACAUGCUUACAUUGUCUCGUUUGUCUGUAUGAUGCAUUUCAUCAUUGUAUAUUCU